ACUUGGCCGCCUUUUAUCGGGCGGGCGGCGAGGCGGGGAGUUUAUUGGAGCCGGAGCCGCGGCGCGGCCGGGGCGGGCAGCGAGCGCGGCGGAGGGCGGGGGGCCCGGCGCGGCCCGGGACGAUGCUGCGGCUGGUGUCGCUGAAGUUGGGGCGGCUGUACCGCUACGUGAAGCUGGCGGUGCUGGGCAGCCUGGCGGCGGCGCUGGUGCUGAACACGCACUCGCUGCUGGCCUCGCUGCAGCGCAACGAGCUGUCGGAGCGGCGCUUCCUGCAGCUCAAUAAGUGCCCGGCCUGCUGGGGCACCAGCUGGUGCCGCAAGUUCCUGAACGGGCAGCUGCGGCUGGAGAGCUGGGGCCGCCUGCGCCUGCUGGACUUCUUCAACGUGAAGAACGUGUACUUCGCGCGGUACGGGGAGCCCCGCGAGGGCUCCCGCCGCGUCGUGCUGAAGCGCCUGGGCUCGGCGCAGGAGCUCGCCGACAUCGACACCAAGAUCUGCCGCCGCGCCACCGGCAGGGGCCGCUGCGACCUGCUGCAGGCGCUGCCCGCCACCGAGUUCGCCAGCCUGAACGGCGACGUGCGGCUGCUCACCCCCGGCGCCGUGGAGGGCUGGUCCGACCUGGUGCACUGCCCCUCGCAGCGCCUGCUCGACCGCCUGGUGCGCCGCUACGCCGAGACCAAGGACUCGGGCAGCUUCCUGCUGCGCAACCUGAAGGACUCGGAGCGCAUGCAGCUCCUCAUCACCCUCGCCUUCAACCCCGAGCCGCUGGUGCUGCAGAGUUUUCCAUCUGACGAGGGCUGGCCAUUCGCAAAGUACUUGGGAGCAUGUGGAAGGAUGGUGGCUGUCAAUUACGUUGGAGAAGAGCUGUGGAGUUACUUUAAUGCACCGUGGGAGAAACGAGUGGAUCUGGCCUGGCAAUUGAUGGAAAUAGCUGAGCAGCUGACAAAUAAUGACUUUGAAUUUGCACUCUACCUCCUUGAUGUCAGCUUUGACAACUUUGCAGUUGGACCAAGAGAUGGGAAAGUUAUCAUUGUAGAUGCAGAAAACGUUCUGGUAGCAGACAAAAGGUUAAUCAGGCAAAAUAAACCUGAAAACUGGGACGUGUGGUAUGAAAGCAAGUUUGAUGACUGUGAUAAAGAAGCUUGUCUGUCCUUCUCAAAGGAGAUUCUUUGUGCUCGUGUCACUGUGGACCACAAUUACUAUGCUGUUUGUCAGAACCUUUUAUCCAGACACGCCACGUGGCGUGGCACUUCGGGGGGGCUCCUGCACGACCCCCCAGCUGAAAUUGCCAAAGAGGGGCGCCUGGAGGCCCUGCUGGACGAGUGUGCCAACCCAAAGAAGCGCUACGGCCGAUUCCAGGCCGCCAAGGAACUGCGGGAAUACCUUGCACAGCUCAGUAACAACGUCAGGUAGUCCACAGCGAAACUUUUUUGCAACACUGGCUAAAACACUAUUGCGAAGACACACAGAAAAUGAAGUUUUGGACUUGCGUGUUCAAAAGAGAGAAUAAAAGAACCCCUGGUUUAUCAGUUUUCUAAAUACCGUAAAAAUAGAAUUUUAUGGUGUUAUAAUGUUCCUUUGCAAACAGACAAGGUACUUACUGAAUUAAAACUUGAGCUACUAUUGACUGGUCUCCCUAACUGUUUAAAAGGGAGUAGGUCACAAAAGACUGUGAUAGCUUAAUUGACAGCUUGUGUGUCAAAGGGUACUUUACAUAAAACUGCAUUAGUGUCACAGUUUUGUGAAGCUGAUGUUCUUACUUGGAAAGUCAAGUUAGACUGGUGGCCUGUUUUAAAGGCCCUUUUCCUGAAACCAUUGUCUCAUUUUUGUGUUUGUUUAAACACCUCGAAGUGGCAUUUACAUCCAGGUAAAUCUAGCUUCUGCAUUCUUUCAAAUUGAACAGGCUUUCAUGUUAAUGCUGUGCAGAACAUUCCUACUGUGAGUGCAGAAUUCCCAAGUUUACUGUCUAAUUUUAGGGGGUUUUACACUGUAUUUUAUUAUACUUAGACAUUGUGGUUUAUUUCUUUAAAAUCAUCAUAAACUCAAAUGUCACUUGAACUAAUAUUCAUUUAAUGUCUUUUGUAGUUCUGCCGUUGGAAGUAUCACUUAAUGUAACUGUUGUACAAAACUUUCCCUUCAUGCCAGGAUAUACACAACUGUUUAGCAGGAAAUCAUGGUAUGAGCAAACUCUUGCUUUUAACAGAGAUAAUUUGAGAGUGGGAGAAACACUACAAUAAAAAGAUCUGUAUUAAUUUAAAUUGGGACAGAAGCUUGACUAAAAAUAAAAAUUCACUAGUCUGGUUUAGUUAAGCAUAAACCAAAGAAAAUGGUUUUAUUAGUUUCUAAACAAAUGGUAAAGAAAAAAAUGCUAUAUUGUAGUGAAGUUAAUAAUUUUUCAAAAUUCAGAUUUUGGAGGUCCUUGGUUAGUCUCUGAAGAACUUCUAAAACUGUGCACUUACACUAGAAGAAAACUCUAAUUUUAAUAAUAAUGUCAAGAAAGUUAGCAGUUUGUUCUACAUCAUUUCCAAUUCUGUUGAAUACAGAUAUAAUGGAGUUUACUGAAUAGUCAUCUUUUGGUUUACCAAUAAGCUGUACUCACUCUAGGUACCUUUUCUUGAACUAAGUUUGACUAUUCCCAGUGCAGUUAAAACUGACUUGUUGAGGUUUGUGUAAAUAUGGAGUUGUUCUCAUGAAUUACAGUUUUUAUAAAAACCUCAGUUACUGCUACAAGAACUCACUUCAAAGCUUGCUCCUCAGUUUUUGGUUUUGCUUUUUUUUUUUUUUUUCUUCAACUACUAUGCUUCAUUUUCCUGAAGUCUUAUUCAUACAAAGAUACUCUUAGGAAAUGUAUGCAUAUUACUUCUUGUAACAGUAAUGAAGGAAAAUUAUAUUUCUUAAAUGUGUGUAUCAGACAAUAUUUUGUACAAGCUAAACUGAAUUCGGAGCAAGGUAGUGUGUGCUACUUUCAAGAGCAGAGUUAGGAUGCCUCCUGUCCUACAUCAAAAAACUGAUGGAAUCUGUUGCUGCAAGUACAAGGUGAGGAAAAUAGCAAAAUCACUGACUAACCCUUCUUCCUCAAAGCUCAAAGUGGAGCCAUACAGAGAUGCAGAGUGCUUUUUCAUUUCUUAAGUCACUGUAUUUUCAGGCCAUAGUAUAAUGGUGAACAUGGUGAUGGUGCUGAGUUGAUGGUUGGACUUGAUGAUCUUAAAGGUCUUUUCCAACUUUAACGAUUCUGUGAUUAAGGAUAUUUUAUAGUUGGAGAUUCUCACUCUAAGUCAUCAUUACCUCUGUAGUCCUGAUUUGCUCCCAAUCCGUUGUCUUGUUUUCUGAAGCUGGAAUGUCCAGUGCAGCUUUUAGUCUUAAUUUUUCCCCUGAUUUGAAUAGUUCUAUGUGCUUGUUCUGGCACAAGCUGUCAGAGGAGGUUCAUGUUACUUUUCAUCACAAAAUCCUCUUAAUUGAGGAAAAUAGACUCACCCUCAGGCUAGGUACUACUACCCUACCGUAGAAGCCUUGACUUACCACUAAAGUUGAUUUUUAAACAUCUACCACAUUUCCCAAGGAGCGAGUGGAGUACGAUUGUUGGAGUUGUGAAAGGAACAAACACUGCCAGUUGUGGUCAUUACUUAAGACAGUUGUGUAACUGUAAGAAUGUUCUGUUACAUUUUGUUUGGGGUUUAGCUCCUCCAGAAAUAAGUCACUAAAGCUGAUUAUAAAAGGAAUUUGGAACUUUAAGAAACCAAACCAACCAAAAAAACAAAGAAAAAAACCCCAACAAGAAACCCACUACAACAAAAACACUACAGGGAAAACAUUGUGGAGAGCAAUAAAUCUUGUUCCAUUUGCACCUGUCAGAUAUUUAUUGUACAAUAACAGUUUAUAUUUUUAAUCAUUGCCCAUUAUUAUUGAUGAACAUGGUGAAAUAUUUUUGAAUGAGAUGUUUGGGGUUUGUAUGUGCAUUAAAGUUGUCCUUUUGUACUGUAAGUUACUGUUUGUUUGGAAUAUUUUAUCAAAGCUGUCUCCCUGUGCCUUUAUAUUACAAGAAAGUUGUUUCUGCAACUUCUAAUGAUAUUAAUAAAGAAUACUUUAAGAACCUCA